AAAUAACUUGCCUCAAAGAGAACCCAGGGUAGUUGAGGUCAAACUACCAAAAGUCCAAAACCCCACCAUAAAUUAAGCAAACAACGAAGAAAAAGAGCAUCGUAUGAAUCGCCUGCUCUUCGGAGCUUUCGAUGUCAGCAUAAAACUUGAAAACCCAAACUUCUUUGUUCGAAUCAACAAAUCUGAUUGCUUUACGAGCUACAUUUCUUUGUUUUCUAAAAGGAGCAUGGCUGCCUUCGCUGCAGGAGCUGCCGUCAUUUCCUUCGGAGCCACCGGAGUUUCCGAGAAAUCUUCGCUCCACGGCCACCGGAAAUUCUCUCCGUUGCGGCAACCUUGCUCGCCGCUCAAGCUCCAAUGUGGAUCUGGGUUUGCAUCAAAAUGCGGAUCCAAAAGCUCGUUUCCCCGUUAUGAUGUAAAAGCCCAGGUUGCUGCAGUAGAACAAGCUGCUGAAGUGAUUCCAACGGUAGAAUCUCCCGUAGUUGUUGUCACUGGAGCCUCUAGAGGAAUUGGCAAAGCCAUUGCCCUGGCUUUAGGGAAAGCAGGAUGUAAGGUUUUGGUUAAUUAUGCAAGGUCCUCAAAAGAGGCUGAAGAAGUGUGCAAAGAGAUCGAGGCAGGUGGUGCUCAGGCUCUUGCUUUUGGUGGAGACGUUUCUAAAGAGGCUGAUGUGGAAGCAAUGAUGAAAACUGCAGUUGAUGCAUGGGGAACAGUAGAUAUAUUGAUCAAUAAUGCAGGUAUUACCAGGGAUGGUUUGCUGAUGAGGAUGACUAGAUCUCAAUGGCAGGAGGUUAUUGAUUUGAAUCUUACUGGUGUUUUUCUGUGUACACAAGCAGCUGCCAAAAUAAUGAUGAAGAAGAAAAAGGGAAGAAUAGUCAAUAUAUCUUCAGUUGUUGGCCUUGUUGGCAAUUUUGGGCAAGCGAACUAUAGUGCUGCAAAAGCUGGUGUAAUUGGACUGACUAAAACUGUGGCAAAAGAAUAUGCAAGCAGGAAGAUUACAGUAAAUGCUGUUGCUCCUGGGUUCAUUGCAUCUGAUAUGACUUCUAAGCUAGGGGAAGACAUUGAAAAAAAGAUUUUGAACCAAAUCCCAUUAGCAAGGUAUGGCCAACCGGAAGAAGUUGCCGGUCUAGUGGAAUUUCUUGCACUUAGUCCCGCUGCAAGUUACAUGACAGGGCAGGUUUUGACAAUUGAUGGAGGGAUGGUUAUGUAAGAAGAGUUGCUUUCUUUGUUUAGGACUUCUUUUUUUUUAAAUCAAGAUUGGCAUAUUCUACCUCUCGAUUUCAUUACAGAUAACUUCUCGUUGUGCCUUUUCUGCUCAGUUCAUACUUGAGAGAGGAUGUUGGAAUAAUCAUUUUGUUAUACAUGUAAUCUUAAUUCCUAUUCAACAUUACAAACACCAAUAAGGACCCAUCUUUGAUUCGGCUACCAUGAAGCAUCAUCUUCACAU